AUGUGUGUACGUGAGCUGAGCAGACGAUUACAGCAGAAAGGACUUGGCCACAUCACUGUGAACUCUCUUCAUCCAGGAGUUGUGAAUAGCAAUGCAUAUCGCCAUACACUCUUAUUUGCUCCACUUGUGAAACAGAUUUCUUAUCCAUUUAGGUGGUUCUUCUUCAAAACCCCUUGGAGUGCUGCGCGAACCCCUCUAUACUUGGCUUUGAGCAAGGAAGUAGAAGGAGUGAGCGGAAAUUAUUAUUCCGAUUGCCAGGUGGCUAGGGAAAACAGACACGCUCUGGACGACAAUGCCUGUAAAGAGUUAUAUGAUUACAGUUUGCAACAGUGUGGAAUAUCUGAGUAG